CACGGUCUGCGCAGCCGCAGUCGCUGCCGGCGACGGUUGUAUCCGGCCGGCGCCUUUUUCUCCUCCUCCUCCUCCUCCCUUCUUCCCUCAUCUCAACUGCCGUUGCUGCAGCCCUCGCUCCCCCCUCCUCCUCCUCCUCCCUUCCGUUUCUCCCUCUCUCUGUCUCUAUGACGCGAUGGCAACGGCCAACUUCGGCAAGAUCCAGAUAGGGAUCUAUGUGGAGAUCAAGCGCAGCGAUGGACGAAUACAUGAAGCUAUGGUAACAUCUCUUAAUGAAGAUAAUGAAAGUGUUACAGUUGAAUGGAUUGAAAAUGGUGAUACUAAAGGAAAAGAGAUUGACUUGGAAAGUAUAUUUUCGCUUAACCCGGACCUUGCUCCUGAAGAUGAUGAUCCCAGCCCAGAGACACCACCACCUCCAACACCUUCAGCGAAAGUAAACAAAAUUGUGAAGAAUCGACGGACUGUGGCUCCUUCUAAAGUUGAAGCUCCUGCUAGAGACAACAGAGUGAUUGGUUCUGCACGUGCGCGACCUACUCAACUUCCUGAACAGUCUUCCGCUACACAACAGAAUGGUAGUGUUUCAGAUAUAUCUCCAGUUCAAGCUGCAAAAAAGGAAUUUGGACUCCCUUCACGUAGAAAAUCAAAUUGUGUGAAAGAAGUUGAGAAACUGCAAGAAAAACGUGAGAAACGAAGAUUACAGCAGCAGGAACUCAGAGAGAAACGAGCUCUGGAUGUUGAUGCUACAAAUCCAAACUAUGAAAUUAUGUGCAUGAUCAGAGAUUUUAGAGGAAGUCUGGAUUAUAGACCACUGACAACUGCAGAUCCCAUUGAUGAGCACAGAAUAUGUGUAUGUGUUCGAAAGCGACCACUCAAUAAAAAAGAAACUGUAGUGAAAGAUCUUGAUGUAAUAACAAUCCCUAGCAAAGAUGUUGUUAUGGUACAUGAACCCAAACAAAAAGUGGAUUUAACAAGGUACUUAGAAAACCAAACUUUCCGUUUUGACUAUGCCUUUGAUGACAGCGCACCUAAUGAAAUGGUCUACAGGUUUACUGCAAGACCCCUGGUAGAAACCAUAUUUGAAAGAGGAAUGGCUACCUGUUUUGCUUAUGGACAAACGGGCAGUGGAAAAACCCAUACUAUGGGUGGUGAUUUUUCAGGAAAGAAUCAAGAUUGUUCAAAAGGAAUUUAUGCGCUAGCAGCCAGAGAUGUCUUUUUAAUGCUGAAGAAACCAAACUAUAAGAAACUAGAACUUCAAGUAUAUGCAACGUUUUUUGAAAUUUACAGUGGAAAGGUUUUCGACUUAUUGAACAGGAAGACCAAAUUAAGAGUUUUAGAAGAUGGUAAACAGCAAGUCCAGGUGGUGGGAUUACAGGAGCGAGAGGUUAAAUGUGUUGAAGAUGUAUUAAAGCUUAUUGAGAUAGGCAACAGUUGCAGAACAUCUGGUCAGACAUCUGCAAAUGCACACUCAUCUCGGAGUCACGCAGUGUUUCAGAUCAUCCUCAGGAGAAAAGGGAAACUGCAUGGUAAAUUUUCAUUGAUUGACUUGGCUGGGAAUGAAAGAGGAGCAGACACUUCUAGUGCAGACAGACAAACACGACUGGAAGGUGCUGAAAUUAACAAGAGCCUUUUAGCACUCAAGGAGUGCAUCAGAGCCUUAGGCCGAAAUAAACCUCAUACGCCAUUCAGAGCGAGUAAACUUACUCAGGUCCUGAGAGAUUCAUUCAUAGGAGAAAACUCUCGCACGUGUAUGAUUGCUACUAUUUCUCCUGGGAUGGCAUCUUGUGAAAACACACUAAAUACAUUAAGAUAUGCAAACAGAGUAAAGGAAUUUGGAAUUAGUCCUUCGGACAUUCCCUUCUCACAGGGUAGUGGCAGUCGCUCUGAUCUCUCUCCUUCCUAUGAGUAUGACGACUUUUCUCCUUCGAUCACAAGAGUAAAGGAGCUGACAGUUGAUCCCAGUGCUGCUGGUGAUAUCCGUCCAAUCAUGCAUCAUGCUCCAAAUCAGAUUGACGACUUGGAAGCACAGUGGGGUGUUGGGAGCUCACCUCAGCGAGAUGAUCUGAAACUGCUUUGUGAACAAAAUGAGGAGGAAGUUUCACCACAGCUGUUCACUUUCCAUGAAGCUGUGUCACAGUUGGUGGAAAUGGAGGAGCAAGUUGUAGAAGACCACAGAGCUGUCUUCCAGGAAUCUAUUAGAUGGUUAGAAGAUGAAAAAGCUCUUCUGGAGAUGACAGAAGAAGUAGACUAUGAUGUGGACUCAUAUGCGACACAGCUUGAAGCAAUCUUAGAACAAAAAAUUUACGUGUUUACUGAACUUCGAGAUAAAGUGAAGUCCUUCCGCACAGCACUACAAGAGGAGGAACAGGCCAGUAAACAAAUCAAUCCGAAGAGACCUCGUGCCCUUUGAGGCAAAGUUCUGCUGCUAAAGGAUGCCUGAGCCUUCAUUGCUGUACCAUUGCGGUUGGUUGGAGAUGAAGCUGUAAGAAGUCGACUACUUGAACGAUCUAAAACUGUUUGAAGUACCCUGUGGAAAUACUCCAUUUCUUUUCUCCUGGCUGACAUUUCAGUUGUGUGGAACACUCCUAAGAUGUCUGCAAAAUGCUUCUAGACCAGAUAGCACAACCAGGCAGGUUUUGGAGCUGGGAAGCACUUUUGUUUCAAAUGAUUUAACUUACUCAAAUUGUGAAUCUUUUUUAUUUUUUGUUU